CACAUUGGCGUUUGUUUACACGUGGGCAUCUCUACCCUUUCCUAUCUCUGUUUCGAAUGGUGGGGGGGGAGGAGGAGGAGGAGGAGGGCAAGGCCGUGACGUCAUAUCUCGUCGCCUGGCGCAUGCGCGGGAGCGGACAGUCCCGAGUGAUGGGAACCGGCGUCUGGUGAGUUGAGCUGGGUGCCGCUUCUGAACCGUCCCAUGGCGGAAGGAAGGCCUGGAGGUGCCCCCGGAGGCAGGCCGAGCCCAGCAGAACCCCCUGCAACGCUUCCGGCCCAGCCUAUUUCACAGGUUUCCUUUCUUUCAGCUGAUUCCAAAGACACCAUGCCAAUCAACUGCGUAGCCCUCAGUUUCACAAAUAAAGCAAUACUUGCUCCUAUGGUGCGAGUUGGGACCCUGCCGAUGAGACUCCUGGCUUUGGAUUAUGGUGCUGAUAUUGUAUAUUGUGAGGAGCUGAUUGACAUAAAGAUGCUUCAGUGCAAAAGAGUUGUAAAUGACAUCCUUGGAACUGUGGACUUUGUGGCCCCCAAUGAAAGAGUGGUGUUCAGGACAUGUGAAAGAGAAAAGGACCGGGUUGUCUUUCAAAUGGGCACAGCUGAUGCUGAGAGAGCCUUGGCGGUAGCCAAACUUGUAGAGAAUGAUGUUGCUGGCAUUGAUGUGAACAUGGGAUGCCCCAAAGAGUAUUCCACAAAGGGAGGAAUGGGAGCCGCGCUUUUGUCUGAUCUGAACAGAAUAGAAUCUAUUCUGACUACGCUCGUCAAUGGUGUAUCUAAGCCAGUAACUUGUAAAAUCCGAAUUUUGUCAUCGGAAGAAAAAACGCUAAGACUGGUGAAGAGGAUAGAGCAGGCUGGAGUUGCUGCAAUUGCUGUUCAUGGAAGGAAGAAAGAAGAGAGGCCUCAGCACCCUGUCCACUGCAACGUGAUCAAAGCCAUCUCCGAGGCAGUUUCCAUCCCAGUAAUAGCCAAUGGAGGAUCCCACGAUUUCAUCAAAGAAUAUUCCGACCUUCAGAUCUUCCAGGAGGCAACCUCGGCAUCUUCUGUGAUGGUGGCCCGGGCCGCCAUGUGGAACCCCUCAGUCUUCAGGAAGGAAGGACUUUUACCUCUGAAGGACGUCAUGCAGGAAUAUAUCAAAUACGCAGUGAGAUACGAUAAUCAUUAUACCAACACAAAGUAUUGCUUGUGCCAGAUGUUAAGGGAGCAAUUAGAAAACGCACAAGGAAAGAAGCUCCAUGCUGCACAGUCCUUGCAGGAAAUCUGUGAAGUUUUCGAGAUGGGUAGCUUCUUCCAAGAAGCAUCUGAUUUACUGGAGAAGAAAAAAGUUUCGCUCCAAGUGAAGAGCCCAAAUAAUGAUGAUCGCACUGAAGACACAGAUGUCAUCAAAAUGGCGGUUAAGUUUGAUAAACGAGAGUAUCCCCCACAAAUUACCCCCAAAAUGUAUCUUCUGGAAUGGUGCAGGAAAGAGAAGCUGCUUCAACCUGUUUAUGAAACAAUCGAAAGACCCCGGGAUCGACUGUUCUGUUCUGUUGUGACGGUGGCUGGGCAAAAAUACAGCUCGACGUUAUGGGAAAAAUCCAAGAAACUAGCAGAACAAGCGGCAGCUAUCGCCUGUUUAAGAACUCUGGGCCUCCCCGAAGGCAAACGCAACGAAAGCCCCAGUCACACCUUGCUUAACAAGCGCAAGCGGCAAGAUCAGGAACUUUCGAACUGUGAUGAACACACAGACAGCUUUGCCGUCGAUGCUGUUUGCAAAAAAGCACAUUUUCUUCCCAAAGAAUCCCUUUGCCACAGCUCCUGAUGACCACACUACGCUCACUGGCGUCUUACAACUAUGCAGCUCCCCGUUUCCACCCCAAUUCUCUGCCCUUAAUUUUUUUCUUGGAGGCAAUCGGGUGGAACAGGUAAAUUUGAAUUUUGAUCCCUAUCUCCUGGGGAUCGCCAGGGAAUCUCGUACCAUUUUUAUUUUGCACCUUUUAAUUGGGAGAAUUAAUUCUUUUUGCGCCAACCUUUUCCGUCUCUGGGAGUCACGGAGCAGGCAUUCCUCAAAUUCUUUUAUUUCAGUUGUCUGCCCUCUCUCAAGAUCAUUCAUCCUUUGCAAGAUAUCAUCUCUCUUCACUCAAGCAUCUAACGUUCUUCGGCCAAAAUCUCACGACACACGUGAGGAUUCAAGAUCUUUUAAAUUUGAAUUGUGAUAGAUUGCACACACAGCAGGACUGGGAAGCGGAAGGUGUGGGGUUGUCACCCUCGUGGUUCCUGCAAAUGCCACACUGCUGUCUAGGGCAGAGGAGUGCAAUCUUGGCAGCUUUAAGACUUGUGGACUUCUGGCUGGCUGGGGAAUUCUGGGAGCUGAAUAUUGAGAAGGGAAGAUGGAAUUCUGAACCGUUCUGAUUGGGCCUUAUUUCAGAAUGUAAUAUUUUCAUUUGCGGCUGAUUCUUUUCCAGGGGAAGAAACGGAGGAAUAGCAGCAAACAAAACGUACAGCUUGUUUAACGUCAGUUUCCCCUAAUGCUAAUUUUUUUUUUUUUACAAUAAUUUUUUUUUUUGUCUCCAAAGUUAAAAUACAAAAUAGUGGAGGGGGGGUGGGACAAAAAAAAAGCCCCCAAACAUCCACUACAAACAGAGCGAUGAAAUAAUAGUAAUAAAAACGCGUGUACAAAAAGUAACAGAUGACAACUAUAUCAUUAACUUUAAGUCUAAAAUGUGUCCAUCCUGGUAGAAUGCUGAGAAAUCGAUCUAAAAUUAGCAUAAAGUGCUAAUUUUACCUUAAGGAGAGCGGGUGACCAGACUGGAUUUAGAAACCUUGCGCCAUUCAUUUGUCCUUAUGCUUGGCAGAGCAUGGUUUUAAAUAACAUGGAAGCAUGACUCUUGGAAUCUGCAUUACAAAUAGCGCUCCUUUAUGAAGCCUGUAAGUCACAAUUCAAAGGCAUUUGCCACCCUAAGCUCUGGUUCAAGCCCUUUUUGCUUUGAUUUAAAUCUGAACCAAGAUUAAGAGAAUAAAAUGAAUGGCCCAGAUCUGAUUUAUUCCAAUGAGCAUAUGUCUUUUUCUUCUGGCAGAUGUUCUUUUAAUGCAGGGGUCGCCAACCUUUUGGACCUCACCAAAGUCAUAAUUUUAAAUCCCGCAGACCAGAGACCCUGGGAAAAUCCCCCCAAAAAUCUGCAGGAAAAUUCCCCACCCCGUUUUUUCUACCGAUCGAUUCUUUAUUUGGGGUCGCAGGAUACCGGCUCCAGCUCCAUUCUCAGGGGAGAGAGAGAGAGACUUUUGGUUUCAUGCAAGGAAAGCAGCAGAAGUCUCUCCCCCAAACUCUGC